AUGGAAAGCAAUCAGGGCAGUCUGCAGCCAUGGACCAUAGCUACUGUGGCUUCGGUCACGGUGCUGGCAUUUGUGACUGUUUGUCUUCGACUACUCGCUCGUUAUGAACGAGGUCAAAAGUUAUGGUGGGAUGACUAUACAAUCAUCUUUUCUAUGCUAUGGAAUUUCAUUGUCGUUGGGUUCAUCUACACCAUGGUCAAGAAGGGCAUGGGACUUCACGCAGGUACUCAGGUACCAAUGGAAAACGUGGUCAUGAUUGCAAAGUACCUUGUCGCUGCCGAGGUUCUCUAUGUGUUCAAUCUCGUUUGGACCAAAUUGAGCAUUCUGCUUAUGUACUAUCGGAUCUUCCGCUUCCCAUACUUCAAGACAUGGGCAUACAUCAUCGGAACCUUCGUCAUCCUUUGGGUUAUCUGCAUUACCUUCCUUUUCAUCUUCAUUUGUGUCCCCGUCCAGAAGCUAUGGUAUCCCGAUAUUCCAGGGCGAUGCAUCAACCAAGUUAGCACAUGGAUCGCAAACGCCGUCUCAACGAUCGCAACCGACGUCGCCAUUCUCCUACUUCCGAUCCCACAAGUAUGGAAACUACAACUUCGAACCUCAGAAAAGAUAGCCGUGUUGAUCGCAUUCAGCUUGGGAUUUUUCGUCGUCUUCGCCUCCGCCUACCGCUUCUCAGUCCUAUUCAGCUACAGCGCCCUAGAUUCCUCCUACACCCUUGCCCCAACAGUCGGCUGGACAGCCAUCGAAAUGUCAGCGGGUAUCAUCUCAGCAAACCUCCCAACCCUCCGCCCCGCUCUGCGCUUCAUAGCACGCAUCCUGGGUAUCAACGGUAGCGUUGUGGCCCUUUUUAGAAGCACAAACGGAACAAGGACAAAAACCACAAACGGCGCCACUGAACCUUCACAAACAGUAGAGAGUACCGCCGCUAUCAUUCAGCACUCCAAGCAUUCGCAUCGCCAUUCUUUCUAUCAUUUACCCGAUGAAUCAGACUCGUUGUCUGAGCAGAAUCGUAUGGAUGCUGCGCUUAGACCGAGCUAUGAUCGGACGAAAACUUUCACUCGGGUUCAGGGUCAGAAGAUUGUUGGGAGGCGCUCUGAUGAGGAUCAGAUUCCGUUGUCUGAGAUUCGGGUCGAUAAGGAGUUUACGCAGACUUCCACUGGUUGA